GUGGAUAAACCUAUUCCUCUGUGUUGGGGCACUUAGAUGGUUUCUAGCUUUUUACUACUACAGACAAUGCGGUAAUUAUAACUUUUCUUUAAAAAAGAAAUUAGUUCCCUAAGAUAAAUUCUCAGGAAUUUGGGUUCCUGGAUUAAAGAGACAGAACUUUUUUCCCCUUUUAGAUCGGCCUUUGGAAACUAUGAGCAAAUCCCUUUAAAGUGACGUUCCUGGGUAUUGUUUUUGUAACCAGCAAACUGGCAGUGGGGGCUGGGUAUCGUGUCAGGGCUGUGGGAAGCCACUACCCCCAGCCUGAACCUGUGGGGGCUGGGCUGUAUCCGGGAAAUGGCCGAGGGCCAGGUCUCACCUGCCUCCGGUUUUCCUGCUGCUGUGGCCGGGGCGUGGCUUGACUGUCACCUACCUGUCUCCCUCCCAGAUGCCCGGGAAGCUUGUUGCUGCCUGAGCAUGGAGACCCCGGAGGAGGAGAAGGAGGCGCUGCUCUCAUUACGCUCCGGCCCUGCAGGUUGGCUUUGAAGGCUGAUAGCUGUUUUCUCCCCUUUUCCCCAGAAUUUGUUCCUGUGGACGAGUGGCUCCUCGAUUCCCAGGCCCUUUGAGGUGUCAGGAACCCCGCUGGUGAAACGCUCUACCUCGCCGGAGAAACAACACCUGCUCCUUCAUCCAGAGCGAGCUGGCCAUUGCUAUGGAUACCGAGUCCACGUAUUCUGGAUAUUCUUACUAUUCCGGUCAUUCGAAGAAAUCCCACAGGCAGGGGGAGAGAAAUAGAGAGAGGCACAAAUCACCCCGAAGCAAAGAUGGCAGAGGAUCCGAAAAGGCUGUCACCAUCCAGGCGCCCACCGGGGAGCCCCUGCUGGGGAACGACUCCACGCGGACGGAGGAAGUUCAGGAUGACAACUGGGGGGAGACCACCACGGCCAUCACCGGCACCUCGGAGCACAGUAUCUCCCAGGAGGACAUCGCCAGGAUCAGCAAGGACUUGGAGGACAGCGUGGGGCUGGACUGCAAGCGCUACCUGGGCCUCACCGUGGCCGCGGCGCUCGGACUCCUAGUCUUCCUCACCCCCAUCGCCUUCAUCCUGCUGCCCCCCAUCCUGUGGAGGGACCAGCUGGAGCCCUGCGGCACCAUCUGCGAGGGACUCUUCAUCUCCGUGGCCUUCAAACUCCUCAUCCUGCUCAUCGGGACCUGGGCCCUCUUCUUCCGCAAGCAGAGAGCCGACCUGCCCCGGGUGUUCGUGUUCCGGGCCCUCCUGUUGGUCCUCAUCUUCCUCUUUGUGGUUUCCUAUUGGCUCUUCUACGGGGUCCGCAUUUUGGACUCUCGGGACCGGAAUUACCAGGGCAUCGUGCAAUACGCGGUCUCGCUGGUGGAUGCGCUGCUCUUCAUCCAUUACCUGGCCAUCGUCCUGCUGGAGCUCAGGCAGCUGCAGCCCGUGUUCUCGCUGCAGGUGGUCCGCUCCACCGACGGCGAGUCCCGCUUCUACAGUGCGGGGCACCUCAGUAUCCAGCGAGCAGCACUGGUGGUUCUGGAAAAUUACUAUAAGGAUUUCACCAUCUAUAACCCCAACCUCCUAACAGCCUCCAAAUUCCGAGCAGCCAAGCACAUGGCGGGGCUGAAAGUCUACAACGUGGAUGGCCCCAGUAACAACGCCACUGGCCAGUCCCGGGCCAUGAUCGCCGCCGCCGCUCGGCGCAGGGACUCGAGCCACAACGAGCUGUAUUACGAGGAGGCGGAACACGAGCGGCGGGUGAAGAAGCGGAGAGCGAGGUACAGUGUCCCCCUGAACCUUGAUCCUUAUGAACUUGAGAGGGGAAAAAAGGUGGGCCCCACCUGGGAGGCCGCCCAGGUCAUCUUCCCGUCCAUGGCCCGGGCCCUGCAGAAGUACCUGCGUACCACGCGGCAGCAGCACUACCACAGCAUGGAGAGCAUCCUGCAGCACCUGGCCUUCUGCAUCGCCCACAGCAUGACCCCAAAGGCCUUCCUAGAGCGUUACCUCCGCGCGGGCCCCACGCUGCAGUACGACAAGGAGCGCUGGCUGUCCACGCAGUGGCGACUGGUCAGCGACGAGGCCGUGACGAACGGGCUGCGGGACGGACUCGUCUUCGUCCUGAAGUGCCUGGACUUCGGCCUCGUGGUCACUGUGAAGAAGAUCCCCUUCAUCGCGCUCUCGGAGGAGUUCGUAGACCCCAAGUCGCACAAGUUUGUCCUCCGCCUGCAGUCAGAGACGUCGGUGUAAAAGUCCUGCGUUUUCGGCUUUAUUCCAAGAAAAGAACAGGGAGGGAGACCCGCGUGCACGCAGGGCCACCUGGCGUGUGUGACGUUCAUUGCCGAGACUGGCCGGCGCUGGACCAGCGGCCUGACCUGCACUUUAUUUGGAAGGAAGACGAGGUGUCGCCCUGGAAAUCCGUGCGGGGGACACCUGACUGGCGGAUGGGACUUCUCCAGAGGCCGUCCCCCGGCGUUCCUGUGGCAGCUGUAACCAAAGCGGAGCGGGCGGCUCUGGGAGCCUCGCCUUACAGCUUCGUCCCCGCCGACUCCGGCGCCACACCCUCCCGCAGCUCCCAGGGGACGCGUCUUUAUCCUGGUUCCGGAAGCCAGACGUGUAUGUGUGUGUGUGUGUGUGUGUGUGUGUGUGUGUGUGUGUGUGUAAAGGUCCAGUUCCACUCCCCCCGCAGCCAGGGGCUGUUCCUUGUUGCCUUAGGUUCCACCGAGAGAGAUCACAACAGAAAAUGUGCACUAAUGAUUCGAUUGGAUCUUUCUUUUCCCAAAGAGAAAACCAGGCCGCUCUGUUUCUGAUCCUGUUUCCCUACCGGUCAGAGCAGGUAGCCUCUGCUCACUCUGUGAUGGGCACCUGUCUUCACCCAUCCGUUCCCUCCCCUCCCCCCUCCCCCAGCAGACAGACAGACAGACACACACACAUGCACACACAUACACACACACACACACACAGACACCACCCACCCCGGCUGGCAGGUCCGGCCCGGGAAGCCCAACCUUCAGAGCUGCCAGGGACCUGGCCCUGCCCGUGUGCCUCAGGUGCUCCCACAGAUUGUUUGCGUGGAUUGCCAGGAGGGCAAGCCAGCUGGAAUGUCCCUUAGAACCCCUCCCCGGCUCCCCACCCACCAGGGAGGACUGACACUGUGGCGGACUGGCAGCUUCAGCGUGGAGCCUCUAACGUCCCGGGAGUGCCUGCCAGGGGAGACCAGCCACCGCGCUGACAGCUGACAGCCCCUGAUUUCUGACCACCGUCACUGUGCACCCCACUCCUGCCCUCUGCCGCUCACUCCCGGGAAGGGCUGGUCGGCCCCUGGUGUUGACCUGGCUUGUAGAGUUUGGUCAAGAGAGAAGGAAAGGUGCCCUGGCUAGGGUGGCUCAGUUGGUUGAGCAUCAUCCUAUGCACCAAGAGGUCUCUGGUUUCAUUCCUGAGGGCACCAGAGAGAGAGAGAGAGAGGGAUGGAGGGAGGGAGGAUGGGCUGCAGAGUGUAGGGAAAGGGGAGUGGGGGCCAGUCUUAGGGUCCGUGAUCAGCUUCUUAAAUGCAGCUGGUUCCAGGGGCUUUCCCGGGGCCUGGGCUGGGGGCGGGGAGCCUUCCUGGCAGAGGCCUGUGCAGGGGCUCGGGGGGAGCCACACGGGUUCUCCUGCCUCCCUCUGCCUCCUGUAUCCACGGCACACCUUUACCAGGUGCUCCCUCGUGCUUUCCCAGACACGUAGGGCCCCGUCCGCUCGCUUCAGUGUGUUCCCACACCCCCCGCCCUGGUUAUGCGUCCACAGGCGGCACAGGAUUCGUGUGUCGUUCUUUAAAUCAGCGUCGGCUUUGAAUAUUUGUACCUGAAAAGGGAAACAGUGUUCUUGAACGAACAGCCUUCAGGUCGAAAGGAAGACGUGUUGGGAAAGAAGGAAGGGAAGCCAGUCGGCCUGGCGUGGGGCCGAGGAGUGCUGUGUCACCGCACGGCUCCGCUGCUGGAACACACCCCCGUAACCAUGGUGCUUCCGCCCUCUUAGUGUUUGCCUGUAGGUCCCUUCAAGCCGGACGUUCCUUAGGGUGAUGUCUUUCUCAGGAAUAUGUUUCGGGAGAUGGUGAAUGUCUAUAACUUUGGCUGCGUGAAGGUUACAACGUCCGAGGCGGCUGCGUCGGGGGCACAGCGGUGGACACGCCCUCCAUGUCCCUGCACGUGGUUCGCUGCUCACCGGCGUCCCCAGGGCCCAGGCUUCCAGCCCGGUCUGCCGUUGCCAGCCCUGGAGGGGUCACGUCGGAUUGGCUGCUUCGGCGCCUGCACCCCCGCAGGUGAAGAAAGGUUAAUAUAUUUCCUCUCUACCCGUUUCUCUCUCCCUCAGCCUUGUCAGACCUUCUGAAAUUACUGUUUCUGUUUUAAGUUGAAUACUGAUUUUUUUUUUACACUGACUUUGUACGAACCCUUUUUUGAAAGAAUACCAAAAUAAAAUGCAGGGUCUCUGGACACAGACUUUGCACAUUCAAACCCUUAA